CACACUCACUACUUAUAAGAUGAUAAGAUUGCGACUCUGAGAUGCUGUGGCGUCAUGAUUAGGCACUCAAGAUAAAUGAAUUUCCUGAUUAAUUACGCCAGUCGCAGUUUCAGUAUCAGAGUGGAAGAGUGGAAGUUCUUAACAGUGAAUAUGAGUGACGAAAGAAAGAAAUCAUGGGUGAGAAAGAAUCUCAUGUUGGUUCUCACUCUGAUGGGAGUUGCUGCGGGAGUUUUGCUGGGAUUUUCGGAGGAGUUUUGGGAACACUUGGCGAGCGCGGAAAAAUGGCCAUUGGUUUUUUCCAAGGCAUUCUUGAAGCUACGCUGAAGAUUGUCCGAGCCGGAAUGUGGAUGGCCCCUUUGGGAGUGUGCAGUAUCAUUGCUGCGAAGAUAAUCGAAAUUGAGAAUCUGAACUUAGUUCUCACUCAGCUGGGAAAAUUCAUCAUAACAGUUUGCAUUGGUGAAACAGUUUAUCAAUUGAUAAUCCUUCAAUCAUAUUAUUACAUCAUUAUCAGGAAGAAUCACUUCAAAUUCUUCGUCAAGCUAUUCGAUCCGAUGAUUACAGGAUUCGCCACAUGUUCUUCAGUUGCCACGCUUCCGAUAACACUUCGAACUCUCAACGACCAAGUGAAGAUGAAUCCUAAAGUUACGAGAUUUGUUCUUCCGCUUGGAUGCUCAAUGAAUACCGAUGGAGCUGCAAUGUUCAUGAUGAUCGCCUCAGCCUUUCUCGCUCAGAUACAGGGCAUUGAACUGAAGCUAGGUGAACUUAUAAGUCUGCUGAUCAUAACGACAAUCUUGUCCUUGGCCGUUGGUAGCGUGCCGAGUGGGCCGGUUGUCUUAGUAGCGAUCAUUCUCUCCUCAAUCAAUGCUUCUGCCGACCAAAUUACUCUUCUUUUCACUGUUGAAUGGUUGUUUGACAGAAUUCGAACACCAAACAGCAUACUCAGUGAUUGCUAUGCAGCUGCAAUAGUCCAACAUCUUUCCAAAAAGGAAUUAGAGCAGCAAAACUCAGAGGAAGAAGGAAAAAUGUUACAAUCAGUAAAAGUAGAACAAGCCGAAAGAUAGUAUAAAUUUAAUGCGUAUAUUUAAACUUUCCUUUCAAUAUCCUUUCAACUUUUCAUCAUACUUGUGGCAAAGGGGCAACUUUUGAGGAAACUUAAUGCUAUUAAUCAAAUAUUUAAAUAAAAUAAUAAAAAAAUGAUUAUUUUUCAAGUAAAAUUGCAAAAUAAUCAAAUAUAUUUAAAUAAAUCAGAGAUUAUAUUAAAAUAUUUUCUGAAUAUUAACAAAAAAAAAGGAAUCGAUUCGAUGAAAUCGGUGCGCCUGACGCCCCAAUCCAAAUUAAAAUUGCCUUUGACCCAGAGCCUUAUUGCAUUCAUUUUUCAAUGACACAAUGAGCCCAAAGUGCCUAGUGAGGCAUUGCGCUGAACUGUUUGUCUCACAUACUUGUCAAAAUCUAUUGUAAUCAUAUAAAAUACAUUAAAUAAUCAUUUGCUUCUCACACAUAUGCUGAUAACAAUGAUAGCGUAAUAAAUUAUAACUGAGAAUGCUUGAUCUUACACUUUUUGGAAUGAGACUUUUGUCAGUUGAAAUUGUAGUGUCACGGAGAGUGGACGUACUAUUUGAAUUAAGGAAAAUGGCUAUAGACGAAAAGAAGCCAUGGGUGAGAAAGAAUCUCAUGUUGGUUCUCACUCUGAUGGGAGUUGCUGCGGGAGUUUUGCUGGGAUUUUCCUUGAAAGCUCUCCAUCUGAACACGGAUUACAUAGCGAUCAUCUCAUAUCCUGGAGAAGUCUUCAUGAGCUUCCUGAAAAUGAUUAUUCUUCCUUUACUGACAUCAUGUUUAAUUUAUGGAACUGCGAGUUUGAACAUUGGUGCCAAUGGAAAAAUCGCUAUAAGAACAUUAACUUACAUAAUCUUCAGUUCAUUUAUCGCUGUGUCAAUUGGACUGUGUUUAGUCGUCCUCAUUAAACCAGGAGUGGACACAACCAGUGAAAGAAGCAUAAGUGAAGAGAGAAAUUGUUCGGCAACUUCUGAAGUGAAUCUCUUGGACACAUUUCUCGAUCUGGGACGAAAUCUCGUGCCGAACAAUCUCUUCAGGGCGACAUUUCAGCAAGCUUACACAGCUCGUGAACCCAAGAAUGUGAUUCUCUUCCGCGAUGGAACCAACAGCAUGGGAAUUGUAUUCUUUUGCUUCCUUCUCGGUGGAGUUCUGGGAACGCUGGGGGAGCGUGGAAAGGUGGCCAUUGAUUUCUUCCAAGGCAUUCUUGAAGCCACGCUGAAGAUUGUUCGAGCUGGAAUGUGGAUGGCUCCUUUGGGAGUGUGCAGUAUCAUUGCAGGGAAAAUACUCGAAGUGGAGAAUCUGAACAUGGUGAUGUUACAGAUAGGAAAGUUCAUAGUCACAGUUUGCCUUGGGCAGGCAAUCUAUCAAUUGAUAAUCCUUCAAUCGUAUUAUUACAUCAUUAUUAGGAAGAAUCCCUUUAAAUUCUACGUUAAGCUCGUUGAUCCGAUAAUUUCAGGAAUUGUUACAUGCUCAACAGUUGCCACGCUCCCGAUAACACUUCGAGCUCUGAAUGAUAAAGCUAGGAUUAAUCCUCGUGUGACGAGAUUCGUUCUUCCGCUUGGAUGCUCUAUGAAUACAGAUGGAGCUGCAAUGUAUAUGAUAAUGGCUUCGGGAUUUCUCGCUCAAAUGCAAGGAAUUGAUUUGAAGAUGGGAGAACUUGGAACUCUCCUAGUCAUCACCACGAUUUUAUCUUUGGCUAUUGGAAGCGUUCCAAGUGGAGCAGUUAUGUUGGUGACAAUCAUACUUUCCUCAAUCAAUGCCUCAGGCGACCAGAUCACCCUUCUUUUCACUGUUGAAUGGUUCCUUGAUAGGGUUCGAACGCCAAACAACAUUUUAACUGAUUGCUAUGCAGCUGCCAUAGUCGAUUAUCUAUCUAUGAAAGAAUUACAGAAAGAAGUAAUUGAGGAAGAAGGAGUUAUGCUGCAAUCAGUAGAAGUUGAAAAAGCUGAAAAAUUGCAAACAAUGUAAUUUGCCUGAUUCUUUACAUUGAAAUCAAAUUUUAUAUUAAAUAAAUAAUUCACAGAUAA